UGGCGCCCUCGUGAGGGUUGCCGAUGCGGCGUCCCUUUGUGCUUGUCCCAAACCAUUGCUUGGCCCAUUCCAUCUCUUUGCUUGCCACAAAUUGCGUUCUUGCAACCGACCCCUUCUGAUCCACGCUCACGUCACAAGCUUCCACAAGCAGCACAGUCGCGUUUUCGCUCCCUCGACCAUUCUCAUCCGACGCCGACGCGUGCAGCCUUCGUGUCACCUCCAAAAUGUAUCGCGGCGGAGGACCAGCCAGCACAUUCCCAUACAAAAAAUACCAAUGUCGUCAUUACGAUCGCCAAACAGGGCGUCCGCUGCGUGGGCCCUGCAUCAAUGCGGGUAACUGCAGAUUUGUGCAUCCCACCGACUCCAACUGGCCAGGCGUUGAGCCUGCUUCAAGCAAACGGGCCAACGAGAACGGUGCUCGUCCUCCAUCUGGUACGCCACAGCACCAGGCAUCCCCCAGCGGGCACGAGGGCGCAAGCUCGCCGCGCGCAAAUCGCUUCGCCACUCCACUGCCGCCGCAGAACAGCGCAUUCACCCGUUACUCAGGUCGCCCAGAUGAUGCACCCGCCCGCCGUGGACGCAGUGUGGAUAUAGGAAGAGGUGUGGACCGCGACCGCGAGUACGAUCGAGAGAGGGAACGCGAACGCGAGAGGGAACGGGAUAGGCGUCACCGCGGCCGAUCUUACGAGCGUGGAAUGGACAGGCGCGACCUAGCCAAUGUGAAGAUGGAGAGCGACGCGGAACGAGGGCGUCUGCUGCGCGAAUCCCCCAAGGGUCCGCCUCCACCGCCGCGCGCUUAUUCCAGGGAGCGAAUCGUGGAACGUCGUGGACGCACCCCUCCACCUCCGCCUCCCCUCAAUCGCGACUUUGUUCCUCGCCACCAGGAGAUGCCACCUCCAGAAGACCCCAGGAUGCCUCCCAGAUCCUCAUUGGCGCCCCGAAUGUCGCCAGAAAGGCGCCCUCCACCGCCGGCGCCUCUUCCGUCCACAACUGCUCCUGCCCCUGCUGCCAAUCCGGAGACGCGCCGCUUCCCUCCCGUUACUCAAGCAGCUCAGCUGGAUAAGCUGGGGCAGCUAUUCCGGCGCAUCGCGGAAAUAUCCCACGAUACUUCUGCCUCCCUCGCCACACUUAGCAGCACACAGGCCAAGCUGGACACCUACACCAGCAUCUCCAGCACGCUCGCCAAGAUUUCGCCGGCCGCGUCCUCGUCCAUCGACCCCGUUAUCGCCGACGUGCUCCUUUCCAACGUGGAUGCGAAAGGCAAGAUCGACCAGGGUGUUAUCGACGUCAAGCGCGUGUGGCAAGAUAUAUGGUCGGUCGUCGAGGCUUCUGUUAAUGACAUCGUCAAGGCGCGUGUAGCUAGGGAGACGGACGUGCUGGCUCGUGCAGCGGUCGAAGAAGUUUCACGGGUGCGCGCAGAAGCCGACCGUGCCAUUCGUGCUCUCGAGCAGGAGAUGGACGGACAUCUACGUCGCCUGCGUGCUGCUGCUCCCAGUGGCCCCCCGCCCAGCGGUCGACGCGCCUCCGAUGCCCACUACGACAACCGGAAGCGUUUCCGCGAAGGCGAAGACGGAUUUGACGCGCGCGGGCAUGCGCUGGCCACGCCGGACGCGAAGCGUCGACGGGUAGAUGAGGACGGUCGCGGGGUAAACAGUCCGUCGACGCCAGCCGGGCAGGACCCGGCGCUGCAGGCGAUGCUUGAGGAUAUGCGGGCGAAAAUGAACGCCCAAGCGGAGGUGCUGAAGAGUCUUGAGCGGGAGAACUCCCAGUUGAAGACGACCUUGAAGAAGCCCGCGGCUGAGGGUAAUAGCAAUGGCAAGGGCGAGUGGACGAAUGGGAGUCCGAACAAGUUUGAGGAAGCACCGGCGAAGGCGUAAAUGUCCUUUCUUGAGAAGUCCAUGUAUGCAUCGACGAACGCGUAUACUAAUUGUUGACGACCUAAGUACACACGAAUAACAUGUCACUGACGCUUAUGGUGGCAUUUGUAUGCCGCAUAGACCUUUGCAAACAGUCCCGUUGGCUGCUGGGCAUCGAUGCUGUACGCUUCGAGGCUUUCUUUACUCGCGGACGAGGGAAGCGACAGUGAAGAGUAAUAUCGAUGUCGAUGAGCAACGGUGGCUUUCAUGAGAGGUGAGAAUACUGGAAGGGGACUCGGUGGCAGUCGUGAAAUACGAAUACUGGGCCUCGAAUACUUGUGAAACCCAGAAGUACUUCCACAAUGAAAG